CAGACAGAUGCUUGAAGGUAUUAGUCUCGCAUAUUUUUAUUCAUAAUUUUCUCGGAACACUUUCGUUUAACAAUGUGACUGUGUGUUUGUUGUUUUUGUGAAUCAAGUUAAAUUGUACGUUGCAUUCAAAAAAUGAGGGAAACUUUUCCAUUGAAAAAAUUAUUUAAAUUAAACGAUUGGCAUAAAAUGGUAUUCUUUAAAUUAAAUGAUGCAACCGUUAAAGAUCGUUAUAAAACAAUCAAAUACAGCAUUAAAUGGGUAAACAAAACAUCUUACACAAAUGAAUCCACACCCUUUCAACAUUUGAUGCAAUAAAUAAGUUGCCAAUUAAAAUUUUGUGCGUGAAUUUCGUUGGUGAACAAUUUUCUUUCCAACACAGAAAAAAUAAUAAUUCAGAAACACAAGUGACAGCAAAAAAUUUUAAACAAAGAUUUAAAUAAAUAAGUUUGGUGUUAUUCAUCACGAUAUCGUUUCCUCAAACAUAAAGAACAUACAAAUUCAAUGCAAGUUUCUACCAGAGGUCAAAAGAUGCACAGAGAAAAUGAAAUCCGAAUAAAUGUAAAAAACCGUGUAAUGUAUAGAAAGCAUCAAGUUCGAUUCAUUUGAAGAAAAAAAAACAGUAUUGUUUUCAAAGAGCUAUACUUCAUUUUGGCCACACCAAAAGGGACGGAAAUUAAUCCGUAGUGUAUUUGUGUGUAUACUAAAACGGAUCCAUAUUAGCGGUAAGUGGAAAACCACAAUAGCCAAAUGAUGGUGCAUUCAUCCACAAGCGAAUGGUCUGAGCUGCGGUCGGUCAUCACACAAUCACUGAUCGAAUUGAGCGAUUCGAUUAAUACAGUAACCGAUUCAUGGUCAACCGAAUUCAACAAUGAUACAAAUGCAACAGCGGCCACCACGCCAAUCAAUACCGAAGAAGUGUCGUACAAAGGCUAUCAAUAUCGACCCGAAACAUAUAUCGUACCCAUUAUAUUUGGCAUCAUUUUUUUGGCCGGUCUUAUGGGCAACGGAAUGCUAAUAGCCGUUAUUAUUAAACAUCGGGCCAUGCGAAAUGUACCCAACACGCAUAUUUUGUCGCUGUCGAUAGCAGACCUAAUAUUAAUAUUGACGGCUGUACCAUUUGUAUCCGUUGUGUAUACGGUAGAAUCGUGGCCUUGGGGCGAUCGAAUGUGCAUACUAUCCGAAUUUAUGAAAGAUUUUUCGACAGGUGUUUCAGUAUUUACCUUGGUCGCAAUGUCGCUUGAUCGAUUUGUCGCCAUCGUAAAUCCGUUGCGAAGAUUUCGUGGCACUGGUGUUUCUGGUAAACGUACAACGCUUGCAACCUUUAUAAUUGCCGCAUUUAUCUGGAUGUUGGCAAUUAUAUGUGCAAUUCCAGCAUUGAUUGGAUCCAAUGUGAAGUAUGCGUAUGUCAACAAACAUACAUCGUUCAAGUACUGUUAUCCAUUUCCAGAAGAAUGGGGACCCGACUAUCCGAAGGCCGUUGUCUUGGCCAAAUUUUUGGUUUAUUAUGCAAUUCCAUUAGUAAUUAUUGGACUAUUUUAUAUUAUGAUCGCUGUACAUUUAGCCUACGGUGCUGGUGUUCCUGGUGAAAUGCAAGGCGCUGUGCGACAGGUAAAAGCCCGACGCAAAGUGGCCAUCACAGUUAUAACAUUCGUCGUAAUAUUCUGCAUUUGCUUCUUUCCACAACACGCUUUUAUGCUUUGGUUUUAUUUCAAUAAAAAUUCACACGCAGAAUACAACACCUUUUGGCAUGUUUUACGUAUCAUCGGAUUUUGUUUAUCGUUCGGAAAUAGUUGCGCCAAUCCAAUUGCAUUGUAUUUUGUGAGUGCUGCAUUUCGAAAACAUUUUAACAGGACGUUUAGGUUUUUACUCUGUAAAGGUCCACGUAAGCCAGUAAGGAAUCAUAUGUCAUUGACGAGCACAAUAUCGCGUCGUUAUCCAUCGAAACGCUACUGUCAACAGACGAUGUUAGGCAGUUCGAGGCAACUACAAGAGACAACCAUCACAAUAUUUCCAAAUGGAAAUAAUAACUAUGGCAUCGAUAUGGAUAAACCAAUUCCAGAAUAAACGUCCCCAAACAAUACCAUCGACCAAUUCAAUGCAUCGUUUAACAUUGGCUAUAUCGAGACCAAUAUAGACUGUAAAUGGAAACAUCCUAUGGAAUAAUGCUAUCAGAGAACAAAACAAAGAACCGAUGACGAGC